AACAGUAUAGCACAGCCUGCCAUAGGGCAUACUGCUCUGCAAAGAUGGGCGAAGAGUUUGUAUUCAAGCUCCACUCGUAUGCUACGCCCUCGGUGACUAUAGCACUUCCCACCCCAUACGCGUUCUUGGACCCAUCCGUGUACACAGGUUGGUAUGAGGGAUAUUCGUUAAGGAGGUUCUCGUAUGCCUGCAGGUACCUUCCACGGGACAGUGUCCAGCAUCAUUUCAUGGAGCGGCGCUGGAGGGACUAUUCGGCGUUGCUCGAGAUGUUCCUGGAAUCUGAUACAGGCAGGGCGGGUAAUGUGUCCAAGGGCGGUACUCCCGACUCACAAUAUAAGCUGUUCGUCGGACUGGUAGGAAAAGCUCCAAGACAGUACCUUAUGGCUGUAUUAUGUAUGCUGUUCAAGGUUGCAAGUGUCGAUUUACGCGCGGACGAAUACACUAUGAACUCAUCCCUUACUAUUACGAGAUUUAAUCCUGCAAUGCUUUCACUGAGAAAAUUUCUAUAACACAAAUUUACUAACAAACAUCUAAAAAGGAACAUCAUCGUCACAUAAUGCAGUUGGGCAAAUCUACCUGCAGUGCAAAUAUUGACAAAUACUAAU